UUUCUCGUCGUGUCGGCGUGUGCGUGUUUGUGUCGGUAUUUUUUCAUCACCGUGUUCGGUUCGGGUAUUUUUUUUUAUAUUUUUCUAGUCUGAAUUAGUGUCGUCGCGGUUUCCAGUGUGAUUUCUAGUGAUUUUUCGCGUGUCGGUAGUUCUCCUGGAUCAACUUGUGCCUCAAAGCUGUUGAAUCGUUUUUUUAAAGCCCGUCUUCGAAAAUAGUUAAGAUCUCCCAGUGCCUUUGAAAGCGUAAGAAUCCUCGUUUCGAAUAAUUUGUGCCUGACCCUCGGUGGUCCUAUCGGAGUAGUGAAAUCCAUUUUGAGAAACUCCUCUGACAAUAUUGUCAUCGAUGAAAGACGUCCAUCAUGUAUAAUCAGUUCGGAGGGUUUACACCUUCUGCGGAUUCAACUUCAUUCGUCGGUUACAAGCGGUACUCGUCGCCCUCUCAGACCUCCGACUUUGAUACUGAGAGCUCGGAGCGGAGGAAAGAGAAAUCGCGGGACGCGGCGCGAUGCCGGCGGAGCCGCGAGACGGAGAUAUUCACGGAGCUGGCGUCGCUGUUGCCCCUGCCGCGCUCGGCCCUGGACCAGCUGGACAAGGCCUCCGUCAUGAGACUGGUCAUCUCCUUCCUCCGAGUCCGCAACGUUCUCCAGUCGGUGCCUGUGAUGCCCAGUAUCAAACCCGAUCCAAAGUACGAUCCCAUGUUUUUGGAGGCUCUAACAGGAUUUCUUUUGGUCCUAUCUGCUGAUGGUGAUAUCGUUUUCCUAUCCGAAAAUGUGAACGAGUACCUUGGAUUAUCUCAGAUUGAACUCGUUGGUCAAAGUAUUUACGAUGUGUCUCACCCCUGUGACCACAACGAAAUGCGCGACAUAUUGUCAGUUAAAGAACCCUCACCCGAAAGGUCCUUUUUCAUGCGGUUAAAGUGCACUUUAACAAGCAAAGGAAAAAGUGUUAAUUUCAAAUCUGCCUCAUACAAAGUCAUCCAUUGCACAGGCCACCUUGUUCUACCAUUGAACGUAAAAAGCGAUACAAAAUCAGACAAAGACAAUGACAACUCAGACAAAAGUGACUCACCCAUGUCUUGUUGUUUAAUUGCUAUCGGAGAACCCAUACCGCAUCCAUCAAACAUUGAAAUACCUCUUGGUUCCCGCACUUUCCUCUCAAAGCAUUCACUUGAUAUGAAGUUCACUUACGCUGAUGAAAAAAUGGCAGAUUUUCUUGGUUAUGAUCCAGAUACUUUGCUCACCAAGUCACUGUACGAAUUCCAUCAUGCUCAAGACAGCAAAACCAUUGAAAAGUCCUUCAAACACUUGUUGUCUAAAGGCCAGUCUCAGACUGAGCAGUACCGUUUCCUCGUCAACGGUGGCGGCUAUGUUUGGGUUCUUACCCAGGCGUCCUUGUGUUACAACAACAAAGGCCAGAAGCAAGCCAACAGCGUUGUCUGCGUCAAUUUCAUCAUUAGUGGUGUGGAGAAGAAGAACGAAAUCUACUCGGCGUGCCAGCUGCUGAGCAAUGGAAAAGAGAACGAGCCGAUCCCGGCGCGAGUAGAAAGGAGCCCGGAGGCGCCGAAAGAAGCGGCUGCGGCGGCGGCGGGAGCUCAAGACGCGAAGCCGCGGGUGGUGACGAGCAAGCUCUUCCGCCCGGUGGGCAGCGUCAACGCCGUCAACGUCGUGGACGUGGCCGGCCUAGCCAGCGCAGGGAGCGCGGAGAAGCCGAAGCCGGAGCUCCUGGAGUCGCUCUUCUCCGAAAGCGAGUACCUCUUCGAGCUGCCCGAGGCCAAGUUCUUGGAUGAGGAGAAGGUGCUGGGCGAGCUGCCGCUCCCGGGGCCCGCGCCCGCGCCCGCCCCCGCCCGGCCACAGACGGUGACGAGCAAGGUCUUGGCGCCCUACCCGACGACGACCCCGGAGCCGCAGACCCAGGGCGACCCGGCCCUCUGCCUCCGGCCCCAGGCCACCACCGCCAAGAUCUUCGCCCCGAGAACCGAAGAGAUGAACAAGGGCUUCCUCACCUUCUCCGACGACGACGGCCUCGCCAUGCUGAAAGAUGAGCCAGAGGAUCUUACGCAUUUAGCACCAACAGCUGGAGAUGUUUGCGUACCAUUAGACACUCCGCGCUUCCUUGACUCCAUGCUCGAUGACUUCAUCCUCUCGGACUCAUAUUGUCCUCUGCUCAGUGAGGCCACAACUGAUAGCAUCACCAAGGACAUGUCUCCUUCGGACUCUUUCUUCUCCUACCGGGAUGCUCUUUCGUCCUCCAGAUCUUUGUCACCCUCUCUCACUCAGAGCCCUGAGGACGGAAGUAUACCCUCUCUUGGCACUGAUUCGCCGCCCCUAGAAGACUCUACCAUAAAUUCGUUAUUGGGCCUAGACCUAGAUUCGAACGAGCUUAGUAUGAGAGCUCCAUACAUUCCUAAUAAUGAUCUUCCAUUGUUACUUUCUGCUGACUUAAUGUGGGGUGCAAACAGUACAAGUAAUACUUCAAAUAGCAGUAGCAGCAGCAGUCUUAGUAGAAACAGUUAUAACGCUAGUAAUAAUAAUCACAAUUCUAAUAUGUGGUCGCCGCCAGGAUCUCCUAUACCAUCACUCUCAUCACCAGACCCCAACUCAAGUUUAGCAAGGCUUCUUCGCACUGAUAGUGGAGGAGGAAGCCCUUUGAGCGAACUACUCAGGCAGCGUUAUGCUAAUAAGAAAGGAGAUAAUAUCAAAAUGAAAUUUGAAGGUGUUCGUUUACCAGAUGUGGCAGGGAGCAAACGCAUUGGAGGACCUCCGAACGAUGGGCCUUGGGGCAAAACAAACUGGAAGCGGAGCAGAACCCAGUCACCAAUGGCACGCCCACGCAUUAUUGAAGGCGGAGGCGGUGGUGGAGGUGGAGGAGGAGGCUCAGUUCUGAUGAACCUCCUCGUCAGCGGCUGCGAUGUAGCCCUCAAAAACGAGACUGAAAAACUAAGCCGAAUGAAAUCCUCGAUAGAACCCGAGCCACCGAAUAAUUACCUCAGUUCAAUGGGGCAGACCUCUAACCUGAUGGCAGUAGAUCCAAAGUUUGACAAUCAGCUCAACUCGGAACUGAUGAAAGUUUUACAAUCAGCUUUGUAGUCGAAGACAUAACUUCUGCUGAAAAUUUUAUAUUUUUAAUCCUCAUAAUUUUGUUUAUUGUUCUGUUGGAUGGUUAAAAUAGAAUGUUUACAGAUAGAUUAAAGUUUUAUUCACAGUUACUGUAAAGUAGAUUUUUGUUGAUUUAAGCUGGUAAUUCAUGCAAAGCCCAUAGUAGAUCAAGCGUUGUCUCAAUCUUGAUGAAUCUGUUGAAAAAGAAUCGGAAGGCUGGAAUUUUGAGUUCGUUUCCACGUUUUUUUCUUCGAGCAUUUAUAUCUUGCUCUAUAAUUGUUUGAAAUUCUCUACACUUGUGUAAAGAUUCAUCUAAAUAAACAUGAAAUGCCUAGACUUCCAGCUCAAAAAUUAUUUUUCAAUCUUUAAUCAAAUCGCCUUUGCAGUGCACUUCAAAAUAUUCAUAGAUUCUUCAAACAGAAUAGUCAAUAGAUUUUGAAAGAUCAAAUACACAAGGGCUGAAUGGGAAGUAGGUAAUGCACACCUUAUCUCAAGAAUGGUUUAAAUAGUUUUCCAAAAACAAAAAUGCAAACGAAUGCAGAUAUAGUUACCUUUAAAAUGGUGUAUUAAUUUUCAAAGUAGUCAAAUCCGAAUUCUUAUAGAAUUCGGAUUUGACUUCGGAUUUGGCUCAACUUUGCCAACACUAUAUUAGUGUUGGCAAAGUUGCAAAAGUUUUUUCAUGCUGUUUAAGUGAGUUAUUCUAAUGUUCUGCUUCUAAGCUGAGAUUGUACAGCUUCUUUGGUUCUAUCAUAUGUGACACUUAAAAUGUUUCAUCAUUUAUUAAUCGUAAGGAGCAAAGUACGAGCUUUGUGUAGGAUGUGGUCAUGUCUUAGACUUCAGUUACAUCUCACAGGAUCAAGAAAGCCUUCACAAAACUGGAACUUGAGACAUUACCACACCGUACGCUCAGCUUGAUCUUGCUACUUGCAAUUUUUAUUUGUUCCCAAAUUUUAAAUAGCAUCUCAGAAGUCCUUAAUGCGUCUCGGAUGAUGAAACCAAAGAGGCUGUGUGAUCUUGGCUAGAGAGCAGAACAACAGAAUACCUCGCUGAUGGCAUGAAAAAUCUUGCUUAAAGCUGGCAAUGUCGCCCCGAUUCAAGAGGUGGUUUCCCUAAAAAAGUAAUACAACGUUUUGAAGGUAAUUAUUUCUUGUUUCAUUUCCCUCUAAGUUUUUGGAAAAGCUGUAACCAUUCUUGGAAGUUUUACAAGCAUUUAUUACUUUCUUGUUAGUUCUCAUAAUUGGACUGAUGAAGCCUCCUUCAUACAUGUGGUCUAAAGCCUAUCUUUCAUUGUUUGAUUUGUCUUAGAGUAAGUCAAAUUGCUUUGUAGAUCAGAACACCCAUCAUAUUAUGAAUUUAAUAUAAUUUUCUUUCUGUCUCUAAUUCAUCCCACUAGUCUUGGGAGUCAUAUGAAUUAUUUACUGAGCCAUGCUUGAUCUCAGGAAUUUUGGCAUUCAUCUCAAUGGAGAAUUUGCACACAAAAAUUUUAUUUCUUCCUCUGAAAGUGCUUUUUGAGCCAUGCACGCAGCAUUUUUUCCUAAUGUUUUUGAUUUGGAAAAUUGUAAAAAAAUAUGUAAAAAAGUGAGAAAAUUUACUGCCUCUAAAUUUAUAAUUAGGCGAUAUUUUUCAUUUACACACAUGUAUUCCAGCAGAUUUAGGUCAUUUUGUCAUAUCUUCUCUAAUAAUUAUUUAAUUUAGAAAUCAGUAACAUUCUCAAGAGUGCCAACUCCCUGAUGGGUUGUGGGAGGACUAAGUUUUGUGGCAGUUUGGCGUUGCAGAGCGCCAAAGAGUGCCAUGAUAGCGACUCUUAUGUAUUUAGCAUCCUCGUGCCCAAUAUUCUCAACAGUUUCCGCCUAAAAAUGAAAUUCAUCAAAUUUCUGACAUAUGCGAAUUCUCCACUGGUUCAAUGCUUCUAAUUUUGUCACUUGAAUAAAAUGUAUCAGUUUGCAAAUUACAGUUAAAAUUUUUUAUGUCUCCCAUGUACAAAUGAAACUAUAAUGGAAUUUUGGUUUAUAUAAUGCAAAUUUUAUUAUCCUUUGAACUCAUAUUUGUUUUCCCUAAUUUGAUUUUUUAUUUUUAUUUAUUUUUAUGUAUUUACUUAAGUAAUUUUAUGCACUUAAAUUUAAAGGGGAAAAAAAUGUUGCCAAUGCUCAAUCACUUAGAUUCCCACCCCGCAAAAAUUUACGAGAAUGCUGUCACAAAGUCACCGCCAAAAUUAACGUUGCAGCAACGUUUUCGCAACGUUUUUUUAUGUUUGUAAUCAUAUGUAAUGUUAUUUUUGGUAGUUUCCGAGUGGGUUACCUUUAACAUACAGUUUUUAUAUGCUGUCAUUUCUUUCAAAUGUCUUUGAGCAAUGCAUCUUUUCAGACUCAAAGUACGAUUAAUCCUGUUUUGAAGCUAAGUAAACUUUUGUAUUUUAUGAAAUGACACAAUAAAGCAGAACAUUUCAAUGACAAGCGCUUGAAAUAAUUAAAUCAGUUAGGUUAAAUAUCAGAAUUGUACUCCUUGUCAAAAGUUUCUUUACUGUUUCUUACACACCUCUCUUUGUAACUCACCAUAAUUUUGUAGCCUACUGUCAAAGUUGUCUGAAUUUUUGGUAUUGAUGUUGUUGGUAUUUCCUUCCGUGAGUCUCCUCAUUUUUCUGGAACAAUUGGAUCCUAAUAUCUUCGCAUUUAUGAAUAUUUUACCGAUUACGUUUCAGACUUUUCCACUAAGGAAAGCCUACCAUACAGAUCAUUGUAAAUAUUAGGAUUAAUGAUAGAAGUCAGUUAUCACAGGUUCAAAUUUGUUUUAAGAAUUUUUUUUUUUUUUUAAAGAAAAAAAAGACUGACAUGAUGUUAUUGCAAUGCUGUAUUCGGUCCAAUUGUUGUAGCUGUCUCAUUCUAAUGUAAGCAAAUGUUUAUUCCUCAAAGAGAGGGUGCUUCUCAGGAGAGUCUAAUUGUUUUUUACCUAACCUAUUCCACAUCAUAUGAUCAGUUUUUUCCUUUCAGAUAUUACAAAUUUCAAACCUACAACUUACCAAAAAAAAAAAUCUGCUUCAAAAAUAUAUUUGCUAGGUAAUCAUGAAAAAACGUUUCUCAAUUAUGUCAAUUUGACAUAUUUUAUUUACUCUCUAUCAAAUUAUUGUAUUCUAUACUUUUUCUCAGCUUUUCUUUGUAUUCUUCCAAUAAUUCUUUCUUUACAUUUAUUUUGCUGUAAGUUUAAGUUUACUGGGUCAAAUUCUAACUUUCAAUCACUGUCAAAUGUAAACAAUUAAUAGGUACCCUUUCCAAAUACUUGAAAUGUGAACAGUUAAUUUUAAAUUACUUACAACAGAAAGGUUUCAGAAACAUUAUUAAUUUCUUUUGCAUAGUUGAUGUAUCAAAAGGAGAAUAUAAAAAUGAACUAGCGUUAUCCUGUAGAGGCUUUACACAGAAGUAUCAUCUGAUCUCAUCCUUGAUAUUUUAAUUCGGAGCUUUUAAGAAGGAAAGGAAAACUACCUAUGAGUUGAUAUUGUCGUUGGUUUGUGAAAUGAAAAAAAAUAAUUCUUAGACUGACAAAAAUAUCUUCAAUAUCCAUCAUUUUUCUCCCUGUGGCUAGCUAAAUUUUUUAUUAAAAUUUAAGGGUUAUGUAAAAACAGUUCUUUGACCAACAAGAAUGCAACUGAAAAAGCACAUCUCUACAUGGUCUCUUAGAAAAUAACUUCAGUACAUAAUAAGAAAAGGAGCAUAAUAAUUUUUGCCAAGAUUUUUAGAUGUACCAUGCAUGAGCACCUGUUUAGCUGCAAGACAUGGCCUACAAUUCUUAAGAUGUGGCCAGACAUUAUUUUUUUCGAGGUGCAACUGCAACUUAGAUUUGUAAACGUGAUGCUUGCUUUUGCCCUCAAAUACGUAUCUUCUUUAAUUUUAUGCAUUUUUUUAAUCAAACUUCUGUGGCGGGUAUUUUAAGAUCUGACUGCUGUGGCCAGUGACAGUGAUCAUUGCUGCAGUGGGGUUGUUGUCCUAUGAAUCUCUUUUAGAAAUCUCCUCCAGAGCGGGGAACUUUUAACAGAGUUCGUCGUUGUUAAGUGGCCAGAAUCAAUGUUAUAUUUUCGCAUUGUUUUUUAUGUGCAAAAUUACACAUUAUUGUAGAACUAAUAUUUAAAAAAGGUUUACUUAGUUUCCUUUUUAUUAUUCAAUAAACCUAUAUUCCUAAAAUA